GGGUGGACGUGAUAUUUCAAACAUCAGAUCAGUGCGUUUAUAUAUUGGGUGCCCGGAAAUUUUUCCAAAUAAACACAGCUUGAUUCAACUUGGGUGGGCGGACUUAUCAACAGACUAAUUCUAUAAACAAAUGAAGGAAUAGCCCCGAAACCGAUUGGCUGGUAUCAAAAAGACACGUGGAGAGAAAAGCUUGGAGUUUUUCAGCAAUGAAAUUUUAAUUAAUGUGGGUGGGCUGAGAACACAACGACUGUUUAUCAUAGACAAUUUAUUUUCCAGCGCUAAGUCAACAUAUAAUAGCAAACUUACAACAAUUAUUUAACAUUUUUAAAGCCAUGAAGAAGGGACGGAGCGCGGAGCGGCGGGGGAGAGCGGCAGAGCAGGAGGCAGACGCACGGCGGGCUCCCCCGGAGGGCCCUCCCGGCGCGGGGCGCAGUCCCUAAGCCGCCUGGGUUGCCUGCGUCGCGGAGAGCGCAGCGCCGGCGCCCACUCGCCAUGAGCCACCUCUUCAGUCCCCGGCUGCCUGCUCUGGCCGCCUCGCCCAUGCUUUAUCUGUACGGCCCCGAGAGACCCGGGCUGCCUCUGGCCUUCGCCCCCGCGGCCGCUUUGGCCGCCUCGGGCCGGGCGGAGCCCCCCCAGAAGCCGCCCUACAGCUACAUCGCGCUCAUAGCCAUGGCGAUCCAGGACGCGCCGGAGCAGAGGGUCACGCUCAACGGCAUCUACCAGUUCAUCAUGGACCGCUUCCCUUUCUACCACGACAACCGGCAGGGCUGGCAGAACAGCAUCCGCCACAACCUCUCGCUCAACGACUGCUUCGUCAAGGUGCCCCGCGAGAAAGGGCGACCGGGCAAGGGCAGCUACUGGACGCUGGACCCUCGCUGUCUGGAUAUGUUCGAGAAUGGCAACUACCGGCGCCGGAAGAGGAAGCCCAAGCCGGGCCCCGGGGCCCCGGAGGGCAAGCGAGCCCGCGUAGAGACGCAGGAGCGCGGCGCAGAGGCGCAGCCAGAGGCGGGGAACGGGGCAGGGCGCCCCGUGUCAGCGAGCCCCCGCCACGAGGGAAAGCCCGCGCGCCCAUCGCCCCUGCGGGAAGGCGCCUCUCCGCCGGCGGCCCUGCACUGGCCCAGGCCCGCGUCCCCAGAGGUGGACGCAGGCGACGCUGUCCAGGGCGCAGCAGCCGUGGCCGUCGGCCAGCCAGCGCGCACAGUGAAUGGCCCUGGGUCCCCUCCGCGCUGCAUCUCCCGCAGCUCUCCGAAUUGCUCCGACAAGUCCAAGAGCUUCAGCAUAGACAGCAUCCUGGCGGGCCGGCAGGGCCAGAAGUCGGCUGGAGGGGCUCCCCGACACGGUGCUUCCCUUCCAGUAAAGCCAGCAGUGGCGUGGGUCUGUCCCCGGUCCUGGUCUGAGCUGCUUGUGAGCGACCACGGCUCCCACCGCUGGGGGAAGGAGUCACGUUUUUAAAGAAUGAUCUUUUCCUCUGCCGACAUGUGGAUCCUGGGAAGUGUUACCAACUUCUGCGCUCAGGUGAGCACGCUCACUGGCCUACCUCCACCGGGGCAGACCUUCCCGGAACCAGGAGCGUCUUGGAGAUUUAAAAGACCCUUCACCAGCUGGGACUUGGGCAACUCAGACCUCCUACAGCACCAGCAGAAGAAUGCCUUGACCUUAGGUCAGUCUGAUGGUGUGAUCUUCCGAUACCCACCCCAAGUCCUGCGUGGCCGGGGCACUGGAGGGCCCACACAGCCCAAGGGCAGGACAGACGGACUCAGUGUGGUCGUUUUAGUCUGAGAGCCACGGUCCGACUGUCGCCAGCUCAGUUGCGGUUGUGGCCCAGGCCUUGGCUUUGAGCCCGUCGUGGGGAUGGUUACCCACAGCCGGGUUUGUCCCUGAAGUCCAGUUGUGGGGACGCCGAGGGUGACCCCUGUUUUUCAGGUUCUUUGGCAGAUCUACGGCCUCCUGAGGAUUUCGGACUGAUGUCCAGGUGGAAGCUGAGAAACCACACUUUUAUUUUAAAUAGAGUUUUUCUCUUUUUUCCUUUCUAGACAGUAAAGGGAACAUCCUAUAUUCUUUGGCUAAAUACUUAACUCUUUUUACUAUAACAAUCGCCCUGUGGAAACGUCUAUAUUAACAACUUCUACUAAGAAGGUGCACUCUACAUAAUAUAGCAUUUUGUUGCAUUACAACAGCUCAUUAGUCAAUACGCACGUUCUCCAAUGCAUGUUACCAACCAUAGGAGUGGUCCUGUCUUUUUGCUUUUGUUUUUAAGGGAUCAAAAGAUUUCAGGGGACACUGGAAGUGCGCGAGGGGGAGGGACGGUGUCUCAGACAACGUAAGAUUUUCAAUUUCCGUGCUUUUUCAAGAUCUAGGAUUGAUUUUGCUACAUUUUCCAGAGUUGUGUAGUGAAAGACUGCGUUUAAUCCAAAAAGUUGGGUGAAACAGACACAGGGAAAGGGAGAGAUGGGUUAGGGCCCAGAAGAGCAAGGGCCUCUGCUGGUGUCUUCGGGAGGCCGCUCUGUGGAACCCAGAGAGCAUGGAGCUUCCAGAGAUCCCCAGCCUACUGCAUCCCUGCCUGCAACUUGGCUCCUCCCUCCAAGCCCCCACCAAGCAGGCCCAGGGCCUGCGGCUAAAUAAACACCUGAGGGAGGUGACUGGAAGUCUGGCAGGAGGGGUGGGCAGGAAGGCAGGGGUCUGCAACAAAGACCUGGUUAAGAACGUGGAGAUUUUCCCAGCCCUGUUCAGUUCAGCUUGGACCUUUUGGGAAAUGCGUCUAACCUCUUAGGGUAUCUCCUUGGUUGCUUUGGGGCUUUUGACUUUGAGUUCCUGAACCCCCACGUUACUUUAGUCUUACUCGCUCUGGGAAAGGCGCAGCGAGUCACGAGGUCUUGGAGACUGGCUGAGAUAGGUCUGCAAAAUUACUCCUUCAGUAGUUUCCAGGACUUCUAUAAAAAUGAACACAAACUUUACAUCCAGAGAGCCUGUUGGUUAAUAUGUUGGAAAGGACAUUUCGGACAAGCAUAAUAAUUUAGUAAUUAGUAGGCACAGAGUUGACUUUCUGAGGGUUCCUUCUUAAAGUUGUGUGCUGCUGACGGGUGCAUAUCUCCCUGACCUCAUUCUACCCAGGCUGGGGGCAUGCUUGGUGAGCUGCAGCGCGUCCGUGAUUUUAAGAGCUUUGAUGAGAUCCCAUUGUGGAGGUCCAGGCUCGCUGUGAUUAACUUAAAAUAUGCUGGAAGGGCUGUCAUUGGAUAUUUUGUUAUCCCAAAGCCUCAGCCUUUGUGAAUAAAGUUGUUUUUUUCAUUAA